AUGCCUUCUAGAUCUUCCGAAUCUCGCUCUCGGCAAAAGUCAUGCGUCGCAUGUGCGGAAGGGAAGCGGCGUUGUAAUCGUCAAACUCCGCAGUGCUCCCGGUGUCUCGGUCGGGGGUUGAAAUGCACCUACAUCAAUGGAUCGUCCGCAAAGAAGCGCCAUAAAAGCCUAGUAGUUGCGGAUUUGCAGCCAAUAGAGUCCGAGUUCUAUGACAAUUUAGACGAUAUCCUAUCGUUGUGGUCUCCCAACAGCGACUCCUUGAUCGAUAGUUCGAGCGCGACUGCCUCCUGGCAUACUGGAAGUCCUUCACUUCUGGAUACUCCAUUGCUAUUCCCCGCCAUCUUCUUUCCAGAAACAGCCGCUCCUGAUAAAUGGUCAAUAACUCAGUCCUUGCGAUGCGUCAAAUCCUUUCCACAGAUGUUUGCGCGGUCGAGACGUACACCCUUUAUUCAUCAACGCUUGUACGAUACUUAUCUUCCCAACGCCAUCCAAGAUGCCUUUACAGUCUCGGCGGCGUAUUGUACAAGAGCACCGGGGACUGAGGACAUGUCACUGCGUGUUUUAGAGGCCAAAACAGCGAGUCUCCUGCAGCAAGUCAACCAGACCACUUCUGUUGAGGAACUUCUCGCAUCGGUGCAAGCGUUGAUGCUCUUUCACAUCAUUCAGCUGUUCGACGGUGAUAUCCGUCAGCGGUCCCUAGCGGAACGCAAUAUGGAUACAUUGCGAACAUGGACUACUCGGCUACAAGUUCAAGCUGAAGACCUUGGCCAUGCGACAUCGUGGCAGGAAUGGAUAUUAGCGGAAAGUAUCCGCAGAACCGUCAUUUUUUCCGCACUGAUCGAUAGCUUAUAUUCGUCGCUGAAGCAUGGUUACUGCAAGAAUGUCAAAGCGUUGAGUAUGCUGCCAUUUACGUCAAGGCCUGAAUUAUGGGACCUUACCACAAGCGCAGCGUGGUUAACCGAGUCCAGCCAGUCAGGAUCAGAGGUCGUUCUAUAUGGGGACUUCUCGAUGGCUUGGGAAAAUGGUCGAGUGUUGGGGGAAUUGGACUAUUUUCAAAAGCUGCUACUCAUACCCUGUGUUGGGGAGAGAUAUAAAGACGUGCUGGAGCUUGAGAAUGUAUCAUAG